UGAGUCGACAGCCAUCACAAAGACACAAGGCAGACAAACGUUUCAGAUCCACCACACUCUUCGACUGCAAAAAAAAAUCAGACAUGAUGGAGGCGUGUAUGAUGAAGCCAGAGGUCAACAAGAAACCAAAGCCACCUAAACGGCCUCCAAAUCCUGUUGAGAUUAAAAAGAAUGACCCAGAGAGACUGGAGAAACCAACUCCUGUGGUGCCUCAGCGACCUAAAGACUCCGCUAAUGGAGGCUUAAUACAAACUCCCGUGGUUCCUCCCAGACCCACAGAAAAGGAACUGAACGCCGCAACCAGAUACAGCCAACGUAGGAGGGAACAGGCUGAGGACACACAGAGACAAUCAGAAGUUGCCAAAGAUGAAGCAGACUUCACACAGAGCAAUCAGCCAGCCUUGACUGGAAUGUUUCGACGGAGCCAAAAAGAGAAAAUGCCUAAGUUCACUAGUUACGUGACCCAUGACCUAGAGGAAAAAACUGAAGAUGUCCCGCCCAAACAGGCUCCUGGCAGCAAACCGGGUGGUCUGAAGGGAGUAAUGAAAGGGUGGCAAUUCAAGUCGUCACCAAAGGUCAGCAGAGAGCAGAGUGUAGACCCUGGUGCCGAGGAAGUCAACUCUGACGAGGAACAAUCCGCAGAAAAAAACAAUCAGGAAAAGACUGCAGAACCCAAACAGGACAUCGGAGGUCUGAUUGCUGGAAUGUUCAGGAAAACUCCCAAAGAGAAGUCUUCACAUCCUUCUGUAACGCUCAGCAAAUCAGACAGUGAUACUGAAGAUGCAGAAGAAGCAGGAGAUAAGGAAAAGGGAGGCUUCUUCUCUGGCAUCCUUAAAAAAUCCAGUAAAACAACAGAUGAGACACCUGCGCAGGACAAUCUGAAUGCUCAUAGUGAGUUGUCUGCCAGCAGCGACAGUCUGUCUGAAAACAACAAGGAAAAAGGAGGAAUAUUCAGUGGGAUGUUCAAGAAGACUCCAAAACCAACAGAAGCUGCACAAACUGACGAGGACCAACAGUCUCUACAUGACGGUCUGUCAGGCAGUAAUGACAAUGUGUCUGAAAACUCAAAGGAAAAAGGAGGAUUUUUCAGCGGGAUCCUCCGAAAGUCUCCCAAGAUUCCUGGAGAGGGAACACCUGGACAGGAUAAACAGUCGCUGCAAACGGACCCAGCAGACAGUAAUGAGACUUCUUCUGAGAGCAACACCACUAAACAGGAGAAAGGAAGUGUUUUCAGUGGAAUGUUCAAGAAGUCUCCCAAACUCUCUGAAGCCCCUCGACUGGAGGAGGGUGCAGAGUCAUUGGAUAGUGAGCUGUCUGCCAGCACUGACAGCCUGUCGGAGAAAAAGGAGAAAGGUGGUUUGUUCAGUGGACUCCUCAGAAAGACUCCCAGAACACCUGGAGAGGAGAAUCUCUCGGCACAGAAAGAUCUUUCUGCCAGCAAUGACAGUCUGUCUGAGGCUGCCAACACAAAGGAGAAAGGAAGUGCUUUCAGUGGAAAAUUCAAGAAGUCGUCCAGACUUCUUGACGGUCUUCUCAAAGAGGAAGAAACACAGUCACAAGAUGAUGAACUUUCAGGCAGCAGGGAAGCUCUUUCUGAGAACAAGGAAAAAGGUGGAAUAUUUAGUGGAAUAUUCAAGAAAGCUCCUAAAUCUGCAGAAGCUGCUCAACCUGAGGAGGACGAGUCUGACAGCGAUCUCUUAGCCAGCACUGAGAACUUAUCCGAGAACAAACAGGAGAAAGGUGGGGGGUUGUUCAGUGGACUCCUCAAAAAGACUCCCAAAGCAUCUGGAGAAAAGACAGAGUCACCGGAACAAGAGGCUCAGAAAGAGCUGUCGGCCAGUAAUGACGACCUGUCUGAGAAUAAUGGCAAGACGGAGAAAAACAUUUUUAGCAACAUGUUUAAGAAGCCGCAGAAACCAGCAGAGGAUGCAGCAGCAGACAAGGAGCUGGAGGUGAACAGUGAGAAACAGUUGUCAGGUAGCACCGAGAAUCUGUCUGACACCACCGCCCCAAAGACACCUCUGCGGAUAAUUCGGCUCUCGGAGAAAAAGGGAGGCUUGGCCGGCAUCCUCAAAAGAUCAGCCAGCGCUGACAACCCGUUUGAUGAGGAGAAAGGUGGGCUGUUCAGUGGACUUCGCAAAAAAACACCCAGAGUGUCUGGAGAAGAGGCAGCUGCAGAGGACAAAGACGAUCAAAAGGAGCUCUCAGCAAGUAAUGACAGUCUGUUUGAAAACACAAAGGAGAAAAGUAUUUUCAGUGGCAUCUUUAAGAAGACUCAUAAACCAGCAGAGGGGACUACAACAGAUGAGGAAUUAAACGACGAUAAGAAGUUAUUUGGCAGUACUGAAAAUCUGUUGGAAGUAAACACAUCAAAGGAGAAGACUGGCGGACUGGCUGGGAUCUUCAAAAAGUCUCCCAAACAAGCGCCACGCUCGAUUGCUACACAGGAUCCUUUCAGUAACAUGAAGGAUUUGUCUGCCAGCUGCGACAGCCUUGCAGAAAGUGAUGAGGAGGAUCUUUCAGCACUUGGUGAAUGGUCGACCGGUAAAGAUAAUCUUUUAGAAGCUACAAGCGCCCAAAAGGAGAAAAAAACAGGGUUUGCUGGAAUAUUCAGGAGGACGCCCAAAGCAAUUGAACAUCAGGAAAGUGAGGACAUGGAGGAACCAGGAGGAGGCGGGCUGAGACGCAGGAGAACCAUCAAGAAAAAAAGACGAGUUGUGUCAUUCCGAGUCAAGCAAACACUUCCCAGAAUACCCAAGCUUAAUCUAACUUCACAGACGCCAGACACUAUGCCUAUUAUUGAGGAGACUGUUGAGCUACAAGAGCUGAACCCAGCACAGGAGAGCACAGUGGAGGUCCAGCCUGUGGAGAUGGUGGCUUAUCCUACUGAAGGCAACCCUCUGGAGGCUGAACAGGAAAGCGAUGAAUUGAUGGAAUGGUGGAACACAGUCAAAGGUUGGGCAGAGUGGAACGAGACCUCAAAUACGCAGGAUGAUGAUGAGGAAACGGCAAUGGAGCAGGCAGCUGAUCGUGUCUACAUGGCUGCCUGUCUGUUUGUGCGUCUGUUCAACCAGCGGGGGGCGUCUUUACAGCAACGCAUCCUGGAACUUAUGUCUCUGGCUGAUGCUGCAGAUGAAUUCCACAAAAAAACGACGUCAGCCGCUGUGGGUGGAGGAGUGGCCAGUGUCGCAGGCAGCGUGGCAACAAUCACCGGACUCAUUCUGGCGCCUUUCACUUUCGGUGCCUCUAUUAUUGUCACGGCGGUGGGGAUCGGUGUAGCAACAGCAGGCAGCAUCACCUCAGCAACGGCAAAUAUCACAGAUACAGUUCACUCCAACAUGGAUCGUAAGAAGUUGGAGAAGAUGAUCCAGGGCUACCAGGACGAGAUCAAAGACAUCAGGGAGUGUUUGGAGUUCGUGCAGGCAGGUAUGGACACCCUAGAGGGGUGGGACUUUGAGAAAUAUUCAGAGAGCGCUGCAAAAAAGGCUCUGAACCAUAACCUCAAGCACGUGAUGAAGGAGGGCGGCCGUGCCGGAAAAGCCCUGAUGAUUAACACAGAUAAGCUCAUCAGCACUGUGCAGGUUUUAGGUGCUGCAGGUGGCGUUGCCAAAGCUGCCCAGGCUAUCAGUGUCACCACAGGCGUCAUGUCAGCCCUCUUUCUCGCUCUGGAUAUUUUCUUCCUCGCCAAAGACUCCCACAAACUCCGUAAAGGCGCCAAAACUAAGUUCGCCACCAAGAUCAGGGACGUAUGUAAAGAACUUCAAGAUGGCUUGCUGGAGCUGAACAAGGUGAAGACACAGCUGCAGAAGACUAUGGAUGGCAUUGAGGUGGAGGAGUAUGAGGAGAUUGAGGAGGUGGAGGAGGAAGUUGACGACGAUUUUGAGUCCGAUCCAAAGAAGCUGGCUGAGCUGGAGAAGGAGCUGGACCUCCUGGAGGAAAAACUGGACAAGAAGGUUGAGGAGCAAAUGAGGAUUAAAGAAAUGGAGAAGGAAAAUAUGAGAAGUAAAAAGGAGAAAAAGGAGGAGAGCAUGAAGGAAAAAGGAGAGCCAGAGGAAAAGAAAGACAAAGAGGAAACAGAAGGGAAGGAUGCUAAGACAGAGGGAAAGAAGGAAAGUAAAAAGGGAAAAGAUGAAGAAGAAAGCAAGACUGAUGAGGAAAAGGAGCAGAAAAGUGAGACUGUCAAAGCAGCCAAAGAGGAAGUUUUGAAAGGACAAUCUCGAAAAGGGAACAAAGAGAAUAAAGAAACUGAAAACCGCAUUACAGCUGGGAAAGAAAAAUAUGAGAGCAAACGAGACCAGGCAAAAGAAGACAAUGGUACACAUAAAAAGACAGAUGAGAAGGAGAAAGAGAAAAAUAAAAUGGGAAAAGAACAAGAGGAAAUUAAGAAUAGAUUAGGUGAUUUGAAACGAGAGGAACGAAGUGGGAAGGUAUAUUCUGAAUGGAUCAAGACAGAGAGAGAGAGUGAAAGGAAUAAGAGCAGCAAAGAGGAUGAAAGAGAGAUGAAGCCUGAAGGGAGAUCAACGAAUAAAGAGAAAGAGGCAGAUAGGGAGAGUACAAGGAGGCACAGCAGCAGGAGCGAUAAAGAUCAACCUGACAGGAGUGAGAGAGAAAGCAAACACAUAACGAAAGAAACUGAUAAGGAAAGAGGCGGCAGCAGGGACGUACAACACAGUGAGAGGAUGGAGAGCUGGAGGAGGCCAGAGGAGGACAGAGGAGUUAGGGACUGGAGAGCUGAGAUGGCAAAAGGUAGAGAAGAGAAGAGAGAAGGAAAAGAGACAGGGAGAGGGACUAAAAGGCAAGAUCAUGGGAAAAGCGACACGAGGAAGGAGUCGCAUCGAAGUCACAAAGCGGCAACAAGGAGGGAGCAUUCGGAAAGAGAGUGGGGGAGCAGGAGGGAGGAAUCUGACUCAAAGAGGAGCCACCACAGGAGAGGAGCAGGUCAGCACGAUGAGCACAGGGAGGUGGGAGAUGAGAAACGAAGGAGCAGGAUAGAGAGCGCAAGGAGGAGAUUUGAGAGAGCAGGGGCAGAGGAGGGAGAGGAGAGGGGGAAGAGGAAAGAGGACCAUGAGAGGAGAGGGGGUGACAGAGAGAGGAGGGGGAGUGACAGAGACAGAGAGCAUCAACACAGCCACCGAGGAUCUCGACCUCACUCCAAGGCCCCGCUGGAAGACGGUCUGUAUAUUUAGUUUAAAAAAAGUUAUAUGUGGCAUUUUUAAACUUAGAUACACUAUUAUCAUGUGAAAGGUCAGAUUUGUAUUAAGACCAACUGAAAUUAAGUUGCCAAAGAAAUGUUCCUGCCGAGUUGAGUUUCUGCUACUAAAAAUGUCUGAUUAUCAAUUAAUUCAGUCAUGCUGGCUAGGCUAUCAAGAGUCCAGUUUGUAAGAUUUACUCCAAAUAUUAUGUAAAGCAGAGGAUGGAGAGUUUUUACAGGAGAGAGAGAGGGGAAAACCGGUAAUGCUCAUUAAGUCAAAUCUGGUAUGAGGAAGCCUUCAUACUUUGGUUUUCUACUGCUACGUUCAUAUUACAGGGCUUAAUACUCUCUGAAACAUCUCAGUCAGGAGACACAGAGAGGCAGUUCUUCCAAACCUUAGCGUGCCCAGGGCUACAUUCCAAUGUAUCUGUGGGUGCCUGAUAACAACACUGUCAUGGCAUUUAGGCAAGAUGUCCCUGUCAGAAAGCAUUUAGCACUCGGGCUCUAUUGGUGACUGGGGCAGCCUCCUGUUGCAGUGGUACAGCUUCUCUGGUCCCGCCGGACUAUUUCAGCACCAUAUGGAGAGUGAGCUGUGCCUGCACAGUGAAGUAUGAUGUGGAAAAACACAUGAAUUCUGAUGUGACCAUUCUCACUUCAGUUGCAUGGCCAGUGAUCACAUAUGUCAGAUUUAGGGCCACAUAUAAAUGUAGCCCACAUCUGAUUGUGAAAAAAAAAUAGAUUUCUGUGUUCACAUUGUUCUGUGUUACAUGAGAGCAAAGAAAUAAGGUUUGGGCCACAUUUGCUUGUAAUGUGAACGUAGCCUAUCUCUUGUGUUUAAACUUUGUGUCGUUUGUGUGUAAAAACUGGGCUGUUGCAUGUAUGUGCAAAGUUGAGGCCGUAUUUUUCACAUAAACUAGUAAGAAACAUAGUGAAUUCAAGUUACACGUUGAAAUGUUUUUAACUUCCUAAAAAGAGACUGACAGGAAAAGGCUGGGGACUGCUUGGUUGAUGAACUACCAGCAACCACUAACUCUCUCAGUGUACACAUGGGCAUGUCAAUGUUAAUGCACAUCUGCAGUUGCUAAGCAGAAAAACACUGAACCUCUCCUUUAAUUGUGAGAGAUAACAGGUAAUAAUACUGUUCCAGGUUCACUGCUCCUUGCUGAAAAGCAAAAGUUUUGGGUUUAUCUCAACCAAAGAGAAUAAAGACCUCGUGUGUAGAAAUGUUAUGUGAUUAUGACCUCUCUCUAAAUAAUUUUCCGAUAUUAUGCUCAGACAAAAGUUGAGGAGGGCAAUAAGCUGCAUUUAUCCAUUACUGCAAAGGUGUCUUUUUGGAUUUUCCCACAAGGGGGCGCCAAAGUCAGUAAUAUUCAAAUCUUGUACAUACAGAAACAGUCUGUGUUUUUACUACUGACAGAAAUCUAUAAAGCAGAUUUCCUGCAAAAUCUCACCUUGAUGCAAAUAAUGUCAAAUUUGAGGCUGCUACUAUUGUUUAUGACUUCUUUAUUCAUGUUGUGAUAAACCUACCACGUUUAAUUGUAUAUUUAAAAUCUUAACGUGUUUCUGAAACAUGGUGGUGUCUGCUACUUAUUUAUAUUUCUGGUGUUUCAGGGUAAAAUUAGACACUUUCCCCCUUAGUAGGACUGUUUAUGUCCAUAUUGUGCCUUUCAUAUUGUGUUUGUAUUGUAUUGGCUGGUGGACCAGUGUUUUUAUUUCCCUAAAAAGACCAUUAUUAGUGUGAACAGGAGAAAAACUACUUUUAUUCAUGCUGUUGUUAUAUUGCAGGUAGCACACUGGCUCUGGGAAAUGUUACUGGAUGGUAGAAUAAUAUUGCAGUUUCUGUAAUAAAAUCAUCUCAUGUUUAGUUUUUUCUUAAA